UGUUGCACAGCUGGUGUCGGUGCCGCGCUUUUCCCCCCACGUCGUCCCUGCAGCCUACGGCCCAGGCCGCCUUGGGUAUUUCUGCUCAAGGUAACCACAUCCCUCUUUAAAAAUUCCGCCGAAAAAGAGAAGACGCUUUACCCGACUCUUUGGGCCGUUAUCUCACGGCGAACUUUCUGACCAAGUAUACAACCACCCAGAGGGCCUAGGAGAAGUGCUGUAUAGAGGACAGUUCGACUUCAACGCUGAGCCGCCUUGGGAACCUAGCUGAUGAUAGGGGGUUCCAUCUCCUAACUUGUCCAUUUUGUUGCACAUUCUAAGGACCCAGACGUAAGGCUUGGUGGCCCGUCUCUUGUUUUUCCCGGUUUAUGACUUUCGGCUUUGUGGAAUACGGCUGAGAUGAAAGGAUUUACUGACGAUGCAAACUACUCCGCUGGCCUGUUUGAUGAAGGAACAAACCUUGGAAAUGUUAUUGAUAACUAUGUUUAUGAACAUACCCUGACAGGGAAAAAUGCAUUUUUUGUGGGAGAUCUUGGAAAGAUUGUGAAGAAGCACAGUCAGUGGCAGAACAUAGUGGCUCAGAUAAAGCCAUUCUACAUGGUGAAGUGCAACUCCACUCCCGCUGUGCUUGAGAUUUUGGCAGCUCUUGGAACUGGAUUUGCUUGUUCUAGUAAAACUGAAAUGGCUUUAGUGCAAGAAUUGGGUGUAUCUCCAGAAAACAUUAUUUACAUAAGUCCUUGCAAGCAAGUGUCUCAGAUAAAGUAUGCGGCAAAAGUUGGAGUUAAUAUCAUGACAUGUGACAAUGAAGUUGAAUUGAAGAAAAUCGCACGUAACCACCCGAAUGCCAAGGUCUUACUACAUAUUGCAACAGAAGAUAGUAUUGGAGGUGAAGAGGGUAACAUGAAGUUUGGCACUACCCUGAAGAACUGUAGGCAUCUUUUGGAAUGUGCUAAGGAACUUGAUGUCCAAAUUAUUGGAGUUAAAUUUCAUGUUUCAAGUGCUUGCAAAGAAUCUCAAGUAUAUGUACAUGCUCUAUCUGAGGCGCGAUGUGUGUUAGACAUGGCUGGAGAAUUUGGCUUCACAAUGAACAUGUUAGACAUUGGUGGAGGCUUCACAGGAACUGAACUUCAAUUGGAAGAGGUUAAUCAUGUUAUCAGCCCUUUGUUGGAUGUCUACUUUCCUGAAGGAUCUGGCAUCAAGAUAAUUUCUGAACCUGGAAGCUACUUUGUGUCUUCUGCAUUUACACUUGCAGUUAAUAUCGUAGCAAAGAAAGUUGUUGAAAAUGAUAAGUUUUCCUCUGGAGUAGGAAAGACCGGAAGUGAUGAACCAGCCUUCAUGUAUUAUAUGAAUGAUGGUGUUUAUGGUUCUUUUGCAAGUAAACUGUCUGAGGACUUGAAUACCAUUCCAGAGGUUCACAAGAAAUACAAGGCAGAUGAGCCUCUGUUUACAAGCAGCCUUUGGGGUCCAUCCUGUGAUGAGCUUGAUCAAAUUGUGGAAGACUGUCUUCUUCCUGAGCUGAAUGUGGGAGAUUGGCUUAUCUUUGAUAACAUGGGAGCAGAUUCUGUCCAUGAACCAUCUGCUUUCAAUGAUUUUCAGAGGCCAGCUAUUUAUUACAUGAUGUCAUACAGUGAUUGGUAUGAGAUGCAAGAUGCUGGAAUUACUUCAGACACAAUGAUGAGGAACUUCUUCUUUGUGCCUUCUUGCAUUCAGCUGAGCCAAGAAGACAACUUUUCCACUGAAGCUUAAGCAGGCAUUAACGCUUCUGUAGAUCUGAAGUUGCAGGUUAAUAAGCUUGUCUGGUCUACAUUCCAGUGUGGAAAAAAUUUGAACAAUCUUACUCUGUUAAUUCUCUUGGAAACAAAAACUACUAGUAAUAGCUAUUUGGAACCAGACAAAAUCAGCUCUAUAAUUCACUGGGGGUAAUUGGGAGAUUAAGAUAAUGUAUCCAGAUUUAAACCUACCAGUUUGCCCUACCCCUUAAGCGUUUAAAAUAAAAUAUGCAACAAAAUGGAUGACUUAGUGGAGAUGGAAGCCCAUUAAUUGGGUUCCCCAUUAAACCGUUUACAUACAAGUACACAGUUUUUAUACUAAGGAUUCGUGUUAAAAAGUCUUGUAAAGUUAAUGUCUUUCACCCAGAUAUAUCAUAUGUCAGUGGAAGACCGGUGUGACUUCAUUAGAUACGUUUAGUGUAUUUAGAAUGUGUAAAUUUGUGCUUUGAACUGUAGUUUAAUAAAUGUAAAAUUGCAUCAUAGUAUUUGUUGUAUUUGACCUAAUGUAACCCUUGUAUGAUUGCAAUAAAAUUUUGUGUAGAUUUAAAAAAAAAAA